UCGUAAAGUUUGCGGAGAAUUUCAUAACAGUGCGCGAGUGCGAGUUGUGCAUGAGAUGGUUUAUUUUCUUGGCGAAAUUUAUUUGCAAUUUUGAUUCUAGUUAACAAAAGUGGAACAGUGAAUAAUCCCAAAAGGCUAGAGAACACUAUGACCUUUGGAUCAACCUCCCAAAUCAAACAAUGUUGAGACUAGCGUUGGUAAAACCUUCGCUCACCGGGCGGCUCUUCGGCUCGCUCCGAAGCAUUUCUUCGUCCGGGAGCAACCUCAUUAGUCAGCCUGGUGUGAUCAAAUCCGAUGCCAAGCCCCGUCCCCAACAACUGAAUAACCACAGCCUACGUCAGCUGAACGAAGAAUACCGUGCGGUCCUCCGGUUGCUAUCCCGUUCCUAUGGAGUUCCGCAACAUAUACUGAGUCGCAGUUUGCACAGUUCCGUGCAAAAAUUUCAGCAAAACCGGGACGAAGGCAGUUCAUCCGGCAAUUCCGGACAAGGCGGUGACGGGAAAAAGCCCAAGAAUGACGACGACAAGGAGAAGAUGAUGUCGCUGGUGACGAAAACCCUAUUCUGGAUGGUCACCGUCUAUAUGCUGGUCGGAUUCCUGACGAUGGUCGUUCCGAACAAGAACCGUCCGGAGACGACCACCCGGUACGUCAGCUGGCACGAGUUCGUGCACCACAUGCUGGCGGUGGGCGAAGUCAAGGAGGUGGUCGUUCAUCCGGACAUGGAAAUGGUCACGAUUCUGCUGCACGAUGGGGCGGUUAUUAAAGGUCGGAGGGCCCAUUCGAACAUCUUCCACAUGGCUGUGGCCGAUGUGAACAAGUUCGAGGAAAAGCUGAGACAGGUGGAGAAACGGCUGGGCAUCAAGGACGGGGUUUCGGUGCAGUUCGAACGGAGCGGGGACGUUAGCGGGCGGAUUUUGUUCACGCUGAUUGCGACCGGGGUGAUCAUUGCGCUGCUGAGCCGGAUGCGCGGCAUCCGGGGGCCGAUCAGUAUGGAUUCGUUUACUCAAAUGGGCCGCGCCAAGUUCACCCUGGUGGACCCCGUCGAGGGAGGUCGCGGCGUAUACUUCAAGGACGUUGCCGGCCUGCAGGAAGCCAAGCAGGAGGUGAUGGAAUUCGUUGACUACCUGAAGGCUCCGGAACGCUACCAGCGGCUGGGAGCCAAGGUUCCGAAGGGUGCACUUUUGUUGGGACCCCCUGGUUGCGGUAAAACUCUGCUGGCCAAGGCGGUGGCAACGGAGGCGGCCGUUCCGUUCCUCAGCAUGAACGGAUCGGAGUUUAUAGAGAUGAUCGGCGGAUUGGGAGCGGCUCGCGUGAGGGAUCUGUUCAAGGAGGCCAGGAAGCGUUCGCCUUGUAUCAUCUAUAUCGACGAAAUCGACGCGAUUGGCCGGCAACGCGACGGAGGUGGAAGCUUCGGUGGUGUUAGUUCCGGAGAAUCGGAGCAAACGCUGAAUCAGCUGCUGGUCGAAAUGGACGGAAUGGCUUCCAAGGAGGGAGUUCUGAUGUUGGCCAGUACUAACCGGGCGGACAUUUUGGAUAAGGCCUUGCUUCGUCCGGGACGUUUCGAUCGUCACAUACUGAUAGAUUUACCGAACCUUACGGAACGGAAGGAGAUCUUCGAAAAACAUCUAUCCGGAAUCGCCUUGGAAGCCUCUCCGGAUAAAUACUCCGCUCGUUUGGCAACACUGACACCAGGAUUUUCCGGCGCGGACAUUGCCAACGUGUGCAAUGAGGCGGCUCUGCACGCGGCCCGAUCUAGUCAGAAGACGGUCAUGACCAAGAACCUGGAAUACGCCGUCGAACGGUUGGUGGGCGGAACGGAGAAGCGUUCCCAUGCACUGUCCCCAGUCGAACGAAGAGUCAUAGCGUUCCACGAGUCUGGUCACGCUCUGGUUGGGUGGCUGUUGCCCAACUCUGAUGUGUUGCUUAAGGUGACCAUCGUUCCGAGGACCAGCUUGGCCCUGGGAUUCGCACAGUACACUCCGAAGGAACAGAAGCUUUAUACUAAGGAGCAACUGUUCGAUAAGAUGUGUAUGGCUCUUGGUGGACGUGCUGCGGAGAACAUCACGUUUAACCGGAUCACAACGGGGGCGCAGAAUGAUUUGGAAAAGGUCACCAAGAUGGCGUAUGCGCAGAUCAAGGUGUUCGGCAUGAGCAGCACGAUCGGUCCGAUUUCCUUCUCGGAAGAGUCCGAAUCCGAUCCGUACGCCGGAAAGCCGUACUCGAAGCAUAUGGCCAAUCUGUUCGAUGUGGAGGCCCGCCGGAUGAUUACCGAGGCGUACGAGAAAACCGAGCAAAUCCUACGGGACAACGGCGACAAGUUGCGCACGCUGGCCGAAGCCCUGCUGGAAAAGGAAACCCUGAACUACGACCAGGUGGUGGAGCUUAUUGGGCCACCGUUGUACGACGAUGCCAAGCGGAAGAUCGAACCGGUCGAAUUUGAAGAUAGCCUGAAGAAGCUGGCGAAUGGCGGGGAGGAGCCCAAGUGAACGUGGGGUGCAAAUUGACUUGUUGAUUAUGUUGAAUAAAUUGAUGCAAAUUAUUAGGAUGA